AUGGACGCUGAUUCAUUUGGGCAAGAAAAGCUAAAACCUGUCUUGGCGCUUUCCCCCGCGCACACGCUGGCGAUAAGUUCAAAGGCAGGCGGGCGGCCGGCCGAGCCGUCGGACACAUGGCCCCGUCGAAGACACCGGCGAACCCGCUGGCAAUGCGAGCAUGUUCUGGACCGACGCCGUCGCCGCCGAAGUGCCGCGGCCGUCGCGGGGCGCCCGCCAGAAGACGAUGAGGCAAGCCAUCGAGGUAGCGCAGCCAGCAAGCCAAAAGAGUGGCGCCCGGCCCGGUGUUUGGUUGGCCCGACGGCCCACAGAGGCAAGGAGCGGGCGCGCGCGCGCUCGUUGUCUCGGGCUUUGCCCCUUUUCUUCCCCCA